AUGACAUUUCCUAUUACAACAAAAUCACUUGAUAAAUUGUCAGAAACGAGUUCAAAAAAUUCACAAGAUAUUACAAAUUCAUGGAAUGAAGAGGAUUUCGAAAGCUUACCAAUGCUUCCAGGAAACCAUUCCAUAAAAGCAACGUUUCAAUUAAUUAGAAUAUAUAAAAAACAAAUAUUUUCAAAUUCCGAUUUACUAAAGGUCCAAUCAUUAUUAAUACAUUCACAAUAUUUUCGGCCAAUAUUGGAAGAUUUAAGAGAAUAUAGUUUAAAGAUUUAUAAAUUUCACCAAGAUAACGAAACAGGUUAUUGUGAUAUCGUGAGAAAGAUGUGUAUGGCUAUAUUGGAUUUUUGUGAGAAUGUUGUUGGCUUACCGACUUUAAAGGAUAAUCUUAAAAAUGAAAUAAUAGUGAAUUGUGAUAAUACAUUUAAAUUGACUGAUAUCGACUCAUUGGGAUAUAAUGUUAAAGAUAUAAAGAAAUACGAAUAUGAAGAAAACAAUAAAUAUAAUGAAUAUAAUGAAUAUUAUGAAAAUGAAGAAUAUAAAGAAAGAUAUAAAUAUAAUGAUAAGGAAUACAAAGAAUGCAAGGAAUAUAAAGAAUAUAAAGAAUAUAGAGAAUAUAGAGAGUGUACAAGACACAAUGCGACUCAACAUGAAGAUCUAUUUAAAAUUGAACAAGAAUCAUUUGUACAAAUACAUGAUUGUUUGUUGUUUCAUCUGUUGAAUUUAAGGUUAAGAGUUGUUGAGAUUGUAGAUCAAGAUGGGAUAGUGUUCAAUUUAGAACAACAGAUCAUAAAAAGGUGUGAAAAAUCGAAACUUGGUAGUUCAUAA